GCAAAAUUGCAUGGUGCUUCAAUGCUGCUGAGGUGCCUCCGUCGAGUGCAGGAGAAGCAGACGCAGGAAAGUUUGCUUUGCAUGCGGCACCGUGCGGCAGUCGUGGCUGUGAGUUCUGCAAAGCAACACGCCGACGAGACUUUGCGAAAGUUGCGUGUGAUGGUGGACUCAUUUGACUUGGAGGUUGAUGAUUCUGUCGAAGUUAUUUGCCGUCAAGUUCUAGAGGAGGCGACGCCUGUCAUGGAUAGCUCCUGGGAGGUCGUUUGCUUUCUUUGUUUGUUUUGGAUCUUAGACGGAUUGCAGCUUAUCCGGCGGGAAACUGAUGUGGCUUACGAACAAGAGCUCCAGAUCAAUCCCUUCAGUGUCCACCCGGUCAGGCUUUGGUGUGCCUAUGUGAAGGCCAAGGCAGAAGCUUCUCUGCCAGUUCGCUACCUGAUCUACGAGCGAGCUGUCAAGGAACUGCCAGGCUCGUACAAGCUUUGGCACGCUUACCUCCAGUUGCGCAUCAGCAGCGUGAAGACGUUGUCAAUCCUGGAUCCUGAGUACGAGGCUGCAAACAAUGCUUUCGAGCGUGCUUUGGUAUUCUUACACAAGAUGCCUCGCAUUUGGCUCGAGUACAUUGAGUUUCUGAUGGCACAAAAGAAGAUCACACGUGCAAGACGAGCGCUUGACAGUGCCUUGCGAUCGUUGCCCAUCACGCAGCAUUCGCGGAUAUGGGAGUUAUACGUAAAGUUCAUCAAGGAUGGAGAGGUUCCAAAGGAGACGGCACUAUGUGCCUUCAGGAGGUACCUCAUGCUUGAACCCGAUCAUGUGGAGAUCUACAUUGCCUAUCUGCGCACAAUUGGGCGUUAUGAUGAGGCUGCGCAGAAGCUAGCCGGUGUAGUGGAUGAUGAGGACUUCAGCUCGAUGGAGGGGAAGACUCGGCACCAGCUCUGGAUGGAUCUCUGCGAUUUGGUCUCCAAACACCCUGCAGACAUCAAGUCCUUGAACAUAGAGUCAAUCAUUCGCAGCGGCAUUCGUCAAUUCACCGAUGAGGUGGGCCGCUUGUGGAUUUCUCUCGGUGAUCACUUUAUCAGGACCGGCACCAGGGGCCUGGACUUGCCUGCUCAAAGCAGGGGCCUUCGCUUUGCCAGGCUCGGGCAGUUUGAGAAGGCCCGUGACAUCUACGAGGAAGCCAUGGCCACCGUAAGCACGGUCUGCCCGGGCACGAUUUUUUUUUCAAGGGUCCCCAACCGUGGACAAACCUGCCUGUCCGGCAUGCGACCUCGUUGUAAGCAGACAUUCUAUUUUCUGUCUUGA